AUGCCGAUUACAAAGAAUUCCGAGUCUUGUCAAAUCUCUGGUGUGUUUUACACUAAAGAUUGGGCGAGUUCGCUGGGUGCAAACUGGCCAGCCCUGGUGGGUAGCUUUGCCAAAGUCAACAGCCUCCAUAUACCCGACACAGUCACCUUUGACAGUCUCACUCUGGCCAAGGAAAGUCCAGCGAGACAGCAUGUCGAAAAAUACAUCAAGAAUCGCGAGACAGCAUUCGGACAUCCGACUAAAACCCACCUGCUGAAGGGCAAUUGGGCGCAAAAGAUUCUGCAGAACGACAAACUCCUCAAAGAAGUCCUUGAGGACGAUAUCAAUCCUCCAAGAAUUUGUGUCCAUGGAGUUACCAUUGGAGAUCUGGUUCCCAUCAGCACCCUCUGGUAUGCUGUACGAUGUAUGAAGGCUUUACCACGUCUCUGUGAGAAAUCGAAGGUGGAUCAGACACCGAUGGUUCUGGAUCCAUAUGAUGUCUUGCACAUGUGCAAAUUUCUCGCCAACUGUUACCGAACCUUCAAAGGAAAAGAUAUUGACGAGGAGCUGACAAAGAAGCGGAAUUACCUGAAGAUCUUGCCCAAGUAUGCAGACAGCAGCAGCAACAGUGGCUUACGCACUUCAACUGCGUCUUCGGCUAACGGGUCUAUCUUACCCGCCCCACCAUCGGCUUCUUGGGACUCGGAGGCGCUUCGAAGAAGUUUGCUUGGGAUGGAAGCAUUCGCUCCAGCUGGAGACUUUGCUCAUCUGCAAGCCCUAGGACCUGAUGUCCCUCCAGCUAAUGAAAAGGCCGUAGGAGAGUUGAUCGGCGCGAUCCAGCUUGCCGUGAUGCGAUCUCGGUCUGGAAAGAAUUCACAGAAUCCUAUGUCGGAUGAUGUCUUUCAAAUCUUGCACGAUUACACUGUCAAUCAGGACAGAGACUUUUCCAAGGACUGUAUUCUCUUCGAGCCCGCUGAGACGAAAACGCGCUCCAUUAGUCUUAAUACCAACGUGGCUCAGACAGCAUCUAUUGGCGAGGCGAUCGCUACAGCCCACGACGAAGAUGAUGAGAAUGACGCUGUGGAUAAUCUCGACACUCGCGGCGACGCGGCCAACUCGAUGGUUAGAAAGCGGGGCAAUAACAUGUCGGCGGCAACUAGAGAAUUCCGAGAUGCGUGUGACAGAGCGCAUCUUACCGUCACGCAGGAUAACGUGUACUUCCAACCAAAAGGAAGUAACAAGCGAGUUUCUCUGGAGCCCUGGCAAGCUACUGCUGUUGCAUGGAUGAUGGACAUGGAGGAUCACACACCCCUUCACGGCGGAAUUCUUGCUGAUGGAUGUGGCCUUGGGAAGACCCGAACAACGUUUUCUCUAAUGGAACGCUCACUAGCGAAUGAACCACAGGAUGGAAAGUACUACCCACAACUCAUACUCUGUCCAAAGAGUCUUGUGGAUAUGUGGUACACAGAGGGAAAAGAGCAAUUUGGCGAUGUUUUCACAAUCAAGGUGUUCUACGGGGGUCCCCCCAAGAACCCUAAAAGUGAUCGGGAAAAGAACAUUAUCAAAAACAACGCCGAGCUAAUCGAGCUCUUACACUCCUUGAGCCCCACUAAAAAGGAGACCGCAAAAGUUGUGAUCAUCAGUACUUAUGACACUUUCGCUUCCCGAACCACAUAUCGUGGCGGUGGAAAGGAGUUGGAUCCAAUUGAUCUGGAAAGUGAUGACGAAAAUGAUGACGAAACUCCUGAUGCUCAGAUUCCUCCCACAUCGAAAAAUGCAAACGAUGAGGAUUGGCUCGACUUUGAUACUGUUGAGGAAUCCCUAGAAUCCAGUGGGGAUUCUACCCCUUUCUCAGACCAAGGGCCUACAAAGUCAGUGAGAUAUGCUCUCGGCAUCCAAGGGUCUAGAAGCACUUCUGGUGCAAUUCAAGGGCUCGGUUUCUUCCAAAACGACAAUGCGACUCCUGUUGAGUAUGUGACUAGGCUAAAGGAUGUGAAAUUUGGCAGAAUCAUUUGCGAUGAAGCCCACAAAGUGAAGAGUAUUCUCAGCAAGCAACAUCAGAGUAUUUCUCUGGUGGAGCAUACUUCAAUCUGGUUUUUGACCGCAACCCCAAUGACGAAUAGCUUGACCGAUCUGAACGGUCCACUAAGCCUCUUGCAGAAGCACUCCUCUGCCGAUGGCGAGCAGAAUGAAGCCGAACUUCCUCUCAUGCCUGGCAUGAAGACCAAGUCCAAUGGCGGGGUGGACUAUUUGCUUGAAGUGUAUGGCAAUUGGUCAAGAAUUGCCAAGCUUCCGUCUCAACUUCCGUGGGGCUUGCUCAACCCAAGGCUCUUGGUCGAACUACAAGCUCGAAGACUGACACCCGCACAAGCCUGUAAGAUUAUUCCGAUUAUCUUUCGUCUUUGUGUUCUUCAGAGGCAAAUGGGCGAUGUAAUUGACGUCCAAGGGGAGAAACUCCGGAUCGGUGGAAAGAUUCCGCCAGCUCGUGUGAUGACUGUCGAGCUCUGCUACCCAGAUGAAGAACAGAAGGCGCAUGAUCUGGUAUACACAAAGGUCAUCAAAGGGUUUACUUCCUCGCAAGAAGAUCUCCCUUGGGCAAACGCUCAAUCUAAUGGAUCCAGUGGCGGUAAGCAGCGACCCGUAUCGAGUGCUCUAGCUGAUGCUCAGCAACGUGGAAAUGGCCGAGUGAAUAGCGGCAAGCUGCGGAGGUUAUGUGCCUUGGCGUUUCAUUCCAAGCUUGACGCUUUUCUGAAUGUCGAGAGCAUCGCAAACCAGUACACUCCGCAUAUCCCAGAAAUUGCUAAAGAGGGCAACCUCUGUUUUGAACUUUUCUGGCAGCUGACGGCAGAUGGAACCUGUAAUGCCCCUCCGCGUAUCCGUUUUGACCAAGCCAAAUAUCUUCUUUCCGGGUCCCCUCGCUUGAGAUAUCUACUCAAGAUUUUCCGCUCAGAAGGCCUGACACCAUCGUCAGCUAAGCCUCGGUUUGUGGUAUUCUGUAACUGGCCAAUGACCGUCUGGCUAGUUCAAAUGCUGCUCCACGCACUCUCAUUGGAAUGUGUAUCUAUCACAGCCCCAAUGAGUGCAGCAGAACGAUCUGAGGCCAUCGUCCGAUUCAACGACAGAAACAACAAUUGCUCUGUUUUCGUCACAACUUACUCUCUUGGGGCCUUUGGCCUCAACUUGCAGAACAGUUGCAGUCGUCUUGUCCUGAUGGAAUCCGCUAUAAACCAUAAUCGGAUCUUCCAUGCAAUUGGAAGAAUGCAUCGCCUUGGCCAGCAAGAGCCGCAGAAAAUCUGGUAUCUCUUCCAAGAUUCCACCAUCCAGCGAUGGAUGGAUUGGAACAACCUCUCGAAGAUCCGAGGACAAAUCGCUGCGCAGAAUCGAGAAGCCUUUGAGCCGAUCCUGCAGAAGCUCCAGGAGAAGAGAGAACGGGAUGGUAUCUCCUUAGACUCGAAGGGGGAGCGAGAUGGAGAUCUUCAAGAUCUCUGUGAUCGUUUCUUCCGUGAUCUCAUGGGCCAAGAACAUGGAUGUGCCGAUCGAAGUAUGAUGUGGAAUGAGAUGGAUCUUGACGUUGUUGACAAAGGCCGACGUCAUCGCUCACGCCGUCUUGGGGAGGGAAUCAAUAAUAGGACUCGAGCUGCUCUCAAUCUGAAGGAGACUUUAAAGGCGAAAGAUCAUGAGGGAGGGAGAGUGAUCAAUUCAGCCAACAAGAACAAUGGAGCCAGUGAGAAGGAUGCGUUCAAUGAGAAGGACGCCGUCAAUAAGAGGGACGCCGUCAAUGAGAAGGACGCAGCCAAUGAAAUGCCCGUGGUCAAAAAGGUGGAUACAUCCAAUGACAAGGACGCGCUCGGUGAGAUGUCCGUGAUCAAUGAAGUGGAUAUGAUCAAUGAGGUGGAUGCAGGUAAUGAGAUGGAUGUGGACAAUGAGAAGAAAGUGGUCAAGAAGGAAAGUCUGAAACGUGCUGCGGAUGCCACUACUGAUAUUGACGAAACCACCACGAAGCGAGUGGCUUAA